AUGGGGUGCCUGGGGGUGACCACGGGUGCAGGUGCCAGCGCUGCGGGUGCCGGAGGGCGACACCAUCUACGACUUCACCUGGUUCCCCCUGAUGGACUCGAGUCAGCCCCCCACCUGCCUCCCCGCCCCCAGGACCACCACAUCCUGUGCUGGGACCUGCGGUGCCCGGAGCGCCCCCUGCUGGCGCUGGAGCGCCGGGUGGGCACCAACCAGCGCGUGACCUUCGACCUCGACCCGACGGGGCGGUUCCUGGUGAGCGGUGACACAGACGGUUUCGUCACCGUUUGGGACACGUUGACCCCCCCGGGGACGGGGGACCCCCCCCUGCUGCCCCCCCACCUGCGCUUCCGCGCCCUCUGCGACUGCGUCAACGGUACCAGCCUGCACCCCGGGCUCCCGCUGUUGGCCACCGCCUCGGGGCAGCGGUUGUUCCCGGCGCCGUGGGACAGUGACGAGGAGGGGACGGAUGAGGACGGGCCACCCCCGGGGGGGGACAAUCGCCUACAGCUCUGGUGGUGGGGGCCUGACCCCCCCGGGGACGACGGUUGGGACGGUGGGACCGUGGAUGCCGAUUGUCACCCCUCUGGUGACAGAGAGGUCGUGUGUGGUGAUUGUCACCCCCCUGGGGACAACGGGUGGGGCACCCCCGGGGACACAGGAACCGUACACGCCGACUGUCACCCUCUCGGGGACAGUGAGUGUCACCUGUCUGGCAACAAUGGCUGGCACACCCUUGGGGACACCGGAACUGUGUAUAAUGACUGUGACACCCCCGGGGACACCGGCACUGGCCUCUCCAUGUACACAGACUGUCACCCUCCUGGGGACACCGACUGUGACCCCCCUGGGGACACCGGCAUCAACCACCCCACACGUGCCGAUUGUCACCCUCUUGGGGACACCGACUGUGAGCCCCCCCAGGGACACUGACUGUCACCCCCGUGGGGAUGACAGAGCCAGCCUGUCCAUGGACGCCAAUUGUCCCCCUCUCGGGGACACCGACUGUCACCCCCUGGGACCACCAGCACCCACCUCCUCGGGGGGGGGGGGCGGCAACCCCCCCCGGGGACACCGACACCCCCAGGGCCACCGGCUGUGACCUACAGGCCCCCCCGGGGUCCCCCCGGGUUGGUGUGACAUGGUGGCCUUUGGGGGGGGUCGGGGGUCGUUUUUA